UCUCUCCUCGUAAGAGACCUAACAACCAGCUCAAGCAACAAUUUAAUUUGAAGUGCUUAAACUAAUACACACGAGUGAAUUAGAGAGAAUAAUCAAUGUUGUUGUCGGUGAGCAGGUUGUUUUAAUGUGUUCCAAGUAGAUUUUUGCAGUUAUACCUGGACCAGUAUGCUUCAGUGCAUAGCAGUUUUCACUACAUUAGUGACUGCUCUUGUAGUGGUACUUCAUCAAGCGGAGAGCUGUAAUGAGGCUGUUUGUGGGAGCGUCGUUAGCAAAUGUCUUUUGACCCAAUCUUGUAAAUGUGACUUAAAAAAUUGUACCUGUUGUAAAGAAUGUUCCGCGUGUCUCAGUUAUUUAUACAGCGAAUGUUGUUCAUGUGUUGACAUGUGUCCAAAACCCAACGAUACCGAAGAAAGUAAUUUGAGCACGCAUUCGUAUGUAGGAGAGUUGGAGAAAAUAUCAGGGCUUUUCCAGGUUUUAACAGACGAACCUGACCCUCAAGCCCGAUGGACAACCAUGACUUUUCCCAUCCAGUCGGAUACUUUUUAUUUUAUCCAGAAAAAAGAAAUAAAACUUCACAUGCAAAGCGCAGAGCAAGAAGUGGCUCCAAUAAAAUCAAAUGGUACUACAGUCAUUAAUUGUACUGUAGCUUUUAUGGCUCAAUGUAUGAGCUGGAUGAAAUGCAAAAAGAGUUGCCAAUCGAUGGGUGCAUCAAGUUACAGAUGGUUUCAUGAUGGAUGCUGCGAAUGCGUCGGAGACACCUGCAUAGAUUAUGGAUACAAAAAGAGCAGUUGCCUGAAAUGCCCUUUGAAUGACGACGAACUGAUAGAUGAUUUUGAUUUAACCGAAGACGCCACUUAUGAUGAUGAUGGAGAUGCAGAUUUCGAAGACGAAACGAAUGACAACGAAAAUUUGUAAAUAUGACAUAAUAAAAGAUAAUACCCUG